GGUGUGAGCCACCACACCCAGCCAUAAAUUUUUUUUUUUAAGUGAUGUAUUUAGCUCUUCCUGCCAUCUUGGAUCCCUUGGAGGCCUGCUGGAAACAGGACUUCUAAAAGGAACUAUGUCUGGAAGGCUGUGGUCCAAGGCAAUUUUUGCCGGCUGUAAGUGGGGUCUUCAGAAACUAAGGGAGCACACAGCUCUUCUUAAAAUUGAAGGUGUUUAUGCCCAAGAUGAAACAGAAUUCUUUUGGGGCAAGAGAUGUGCGUAUGUAUACAAAGCAAAGAACAACACAGUGACUCCUGGCAGCAAACCAAACAAAACCAGAGUAAUCUGGGGAAAGGCCUAUGGAAACAGUGGCACGGUUCAUGCUAAAUUCCAAAGCAACCUUCCUGCUAAGGCUAUUGGACACAGAAUCUGAGUGAUGCUUACCCCUCAAGGAUUUAAACUAAUGAAAAGUCAAUAAAUAAAUGUGGAUUUGUGCACUUGUAUUUUUAAGUGGAUUAAAAAAUUUACCUUAAAAAAA